AUGAGUCUUCGAUACGACGGCCAGGUUGUGGUGGUGACUGGGGCAGGUUCCGGGCUCGGCCGCGCUUAUGCCGAGUUCUUUGGCUCGAGGGGUGCCAAAGUCGUUGUGAAUGAUCUGGGAAGCUCUUUGCAAGGGAAGGGAAAUAGUCUCAAGGCAGCAGAUGCCGUAGUCAGUCAGAUCAUUACCAAUGGCGGCAUUGCUAUCGCCAAUUACGACAGCGUCGAGAACGGAAAAUCCAUAAUUGAUACAGCCAUAUCCAGUUUCGGGCGUGUUGAUAUUCUAAUCAACAACGCAGGAAUCCUCCGUGAUGUUAGUUUCAAGAACAUGACCGAUGAGGAUUGGGACUCUGUACAGGCCGUGCAUAUGCGGGGGGUCUACAAAACUACCCAAGCAGCAUGGCCAUAUUUUCGACAACAAAAAUUUGGAAGGAUUAUCUUAACCUCAUCAGCAGCAGGCUUGUACGGGAACUUUGGCCAGUGCAACUAUUCUGCUGCCAAGUCCGGCAUGGUUGGACUUGGUGAGACCCUGGCCAAGGAGGGUGCAAAGUACAACAUCCUCACGAACAUUAUCGCCCCAGUAGCGGCGAGCCGGAUGACAGCCACUGUAAUGCCUCCAGACUUGCUUCAUCAACUAACACCAGAUUUGGUCGUGCCUGUUGUCGCCGUUCUCGUGCACCCUGACACGAGUUUUGAAAAUGGCUCGGUCAUUGAGGCAGGAGCUGGGCAUGUCUCGAGAAUUAGAUGGGAGCGCUCGGCCGGGGCCAUUCUCAGGUCUGACGAAACUCUCACACCUGGGGCAGUUCUUGCCAAGUGGGCAGAUGUUAAUGACUUCUCGAACGCCGAGUAUCCAAACACAACCGCCGACUUGGUAGGCCUUCUCAAACGUUCGCAAGAUCUACCUCCCAAUGAUCCGGGAGAGAAUAUACGCUUCGAUGGAAGAGUAGCCGUCGUGACAGGCGGGGGUGCUGGCUUGGGCCGCGCAUACAGCUUAGGGCUCGCCAGACUCGGGGCAUCCGUUGUUGUCAAUGACCUUGCGAAUCCCCACACCGUUGUCGAGGAGAUCCGCGCUUUGGGAGGUACCGCUGUUCCCAAUCAGUCUUCGGUCGAAAAUGGAGAGGAAGUCAUCAAGACAGCCAUUGAUUCAUUCGGAAGGGUGGAUAUCUUGAUAAAUAACGCCGGUAUUCUCCGAGACAAGUCCUUCCAAAAUAUGACUGAUGAGAUGUGGGAUGCUGUUAACAACGUCCACCUCCGAGGAACGUACAAGUGUGCGAAAGCGGCUUAUCCUUACAUGAGGAAGCAGAAUUAUGGUCGCAUCAUAAACACAACUAGCACAAGUGGAACAUAUGGAAACUAUGGGCAAGCCAACUAUGCCGCAGCUAAAACUGCCAUUGUGGGAUUUUCCAAAGCGCUUGCUAUUGAGGGACGCAAAAGCAAUAUCAUUGUCAAUUGCAUUUCACCGUCUGCGGGUACAAAUCUGACCAAGGGGGUUCUUCCCGAAGAGAUCGUCAAAUCCCGGAAGCCAGACUAUGUUGCACCCAUAGUUCUUCUCCUAUCCUCUGACAAGGUUCCUGUUGAUGCUUCCGGUCGGAUCUUCGAGGCCGGAUGUGGAUGGCAGGCAAGAACAAGAUUUCAGCGAUCCGACGGCUAUGACUUCCCGCACAGCACUGCUCUGACCCCAGAAAUGGUGCUGGACAGGUGGUCUGAGAUUGUCUCUUUUACUCCUGGGAAGACUAGUAAUCCUGAAAUGAUUUCUGACUCUCGCACUCGCAUCCUGGCGAACAUCAAAACAUCCCGGGACAUUCCUCCCAGCGGUCGGCAGUGGCUAGACGCGAUUUCGAAAGCCCGGAACGCACCGGCACGACGCUCUAGUAUGACUUUUACCGACAAAGAAGUCAUAUUAUACAACCUAUCACUAGGAAUUACCCCUUCGCAGCUUCCGCUGGUGUUUGAGAAACAUCCUGACUUUCACGUGCUUCCUUCAUUUGGUGUGAUUCCGGGAAGUACCGCCUCCCGCCCAUUCAAGUUGGAAGAUCUAGUACCCAACUUCAACUACAAAAAUAUGCUUCAUGGGGAGCACCUACUUGAAAUCCGCAAAUAUCCCAUCCCUACUUCCGGUACCUUUGUAUCGGAGUGCCGGUUGAUCGACAUACUCGAUAAAGGCAAAGCAAGCAUCGCAAUUAUUGGCACCCUGACCAAAGAUGCAGCUACUGGGGACGAGAUCUUCUACAAUGAACUAACACUUUUCCUCCGCGGCACUGGCGGGUUCGGUGGAAGGACGACUCGAUCCGAACACAGCGGCACCAAGUCCUCAUCCACUCCCCCAAGCCGGAAACCGGACAUGAUCAUUGAGGAAAAGACAUCCCCUGGCCAAGCCGCCCUGUACCGGCUGAACGGGGACAGGAACCCUCUCCAUAUAGAUCCCGCAGUGAGCAGUGCUGGGGGCUUUCACAAACCCAUCCUUCAUGGACUCUGUACAUUCGGCAUCGCUACUAAGCAAAUUGUUCUGAAUUAUGGUCCCAUCAAGAGCAUCAGGUCGAGAUUCGUUGGGGUUGUCAUCCCUGGUGAAACGCUUCAAAUCGAGUCAUGGAAGGAUGGAAAUGAUAUCAUAUUUCAAGUCAGGAUAGAAGAAAGCGGGAAGUUGUACAUGAGUACAGAUGUGGAAGCUUUGGAAAUCUCCCACCAUGAUCUUGACAAUAGAUCGCUGGGUCGCUAUCUUCUCAAAACCGGGAAUAUCCCCGAUCUGAAACUCCCAAUUGCGACGGAAAAGAUAGGAUACGGUCAAAGCAACCCAACAUAUUUUCUAGAUGACGCAGCUGGAAAUAGAUAUGUUCUUCGAAAAAAACCUCAUGGACAGGCGAUUAGCCCAGUAGCUCAUCGUAUUGAUCGCGAGUACAGAGUGCUUGAAGCACUCGGCUCCGUCAAGGGCUUCCCUGUUCCCAAGGUCUACGAUAUCUGCCUUGAUGACUCCAUAAUCGGAACUCCGUUUUAUGUGAUGGAAUUUGUCAACGGAAGAAUUAUUACGGAUACGGAUAUGGCGGAGUUGUCGCCAGAUGAAAGACGAGAAGCAUGGUUCUCUGCCAUUGAGACUCUUGCUUGGCUUCACUCACUAGAUCCGGAUAAAAUUGGCCUGGAAGGGUAUGGUAAGAAAGCCAACUUCUAUCAUCGCCACUGCAGCACUUGGAGCCGCAUCGAGUCUCAGCAAGCUGUUGUCAAAGAUAUUAAGAGCGGGAAGCCCUUAGGCAGAGCGCAUGAGAAAUAUGAUGAAGUCUUGAACUACAUUAAGGCCAACUUGCCUGGAGAGCGGUAUGCCAUUGUGCAUGGAGACUUCAAGUUCGACAACCUGAUUCUUCACCCCACGGAGCCAAGAGUGAUCUGCAUUCUCGAUUGGGAACUUUCUACAAUUGGCCAUCCACUGAUGGAUCUCGUAUUUCACGUCAGCCCAUUCUUCUCUGAUUACACAAAAAGCGGAAAGUCGGCCUUGUCUUCGCGAGUGUCACCCUAUAAACCAGAGAAUCGCAGUGCCAGCGGGAUUCCGGAGCCAAGGGAACUCUUAGACCGCUACGCAGAAAUUGUAGGGUUCGAUAUGUCAAGGGAUGGGGGAGGCAAGGACUGGGAGGUGGCGAUCAUCUUCCAAUAUCUGCGUGGGGCCACCAUCAGUCAUGGCAUCCAAGCACGAUCCAUAAGUGGCCAAGCAAGUAGCGACUUCGGCCACCUAUAUUUCGACAAGACUAAGCAGGCAAUGGAUGCGGCCUUCCAGCGAGUGAAGAAUUUACGGGAGAAGAAAACGGGCGGGAACAAACUCUAG